CAUUUUCUUCCUUUUUCUUCCCCUUGAUCUUCUUUUUCUUCCGCAACACAAUUUCUCUCAAUCUCCUCUUCUCCCCACCACCCUCCUGUUGUCUCUUAGCUUCCCAAUAUCACAGCUAUUACCUCCCAGCCGCUGACAAUGGGUUUCACCGACUUCUCUUCAGACUCUGGCCUCGCCAUUGCCAAUCACUUCUUCAGCACCCGAAGCUACGUGGAAGGCCAUGCCCCCACCCAAGCUGAUGUCGUCACAUUCAAGGCAUUCAAAAAUGCUCCUGACGCGGCCAAAUACCCCCAUGCCGCCCGUUGGUACAAGCACAUUGCUUCCUACGAAUCUGAUUUCGCUACCCUCAAGGGUGAUCCUUCCCAGUCGUUCACCUCGUUCGGCCCCGAGUCUGCCGAUAUCCCGGUGAUCGCUAAGAAACCCGCGGGCGAUGAUGAUGAUGAUGACAUGGACCUUUUCGGCAGCGACGAUGAGGAAGAAGAUCCAGAACUCGUUGCUCAAAGAGAGAAGAAUCUCGAAGAAUAUAGAAAAAAGAAGGCUGCUAAGGGACAGAAGGAGGCUAAAACUACUGUCGUUCUCGGAAUCAAACCAUGCAGUGACCAAACCCCUUUGAGAGCGUUGGCCGCUGAAGUCAAAGCACUCCUUGUGAAACAAAAUGGUGUCACAUAUACCGGGCGUCAUUUUGAGCCAAUUGGUUACGGCAUCUGGAAACUAUUAGUUGCUUUCGAGGUUGUGGACAGCAUAGUCUCCAUCGAUAAUCUUCAAGCCCUGAUCCAGAAGCAAUUUGGAGACCCAUCCGAGGCAGGUGAUGGCGAGGAAGAUGACGAAGGAGAAAAAGACGAAGAAAAAGUCAAGAGGGACACUUACGGAGUGAAAAUAGAUGUGGGCGGAGUGAAAAAUGGCGUGAAAGUGGAAGAUGUAGACGAGGUUAACACAAAACGGGCUGGCGAAGCUGAGAGCACCAAUGCUUACGAAGAAGCCAAAAAGUCCAGAGGACCAGCUGAAGAGGAUGAAGAUGGCUGGGUCAUGUCGUCCGAUGUUGUUCUUAUGCAAAAAAGUUCGUAAUGCUCUACGCAUUACUUGAGACGAGGUUCGCAAUGUUGUUAAAAUGCGAACACAAAUAAUGAAUAGCUAUCACGUAAAAAUACACGAAUUGAAAUGCUUCCUUAUACAAUAUUUUACAGAUCAUUGUUUUGCUACCUUCCGUAAACUCCAUUAUUUGGAUCGUGAUGAUUAUCUCUCAAGUGGUAUUAGAACACAAUCACAAUUGAGAACUAGCCAAGGCCUAAAUCUAUGUAUAACCGUUUUAAUAUGUGUAGUUAAUAGGUAAAUAUCCUUCCACUAGAGAUGAAUAUAAGAAAUCAAAAUAGGUCUGGAAAUGUAGUUUCAAAAAGAGACCGUUGCGGAGCGCCG